AGUCACGUGGUGGACACUUUGUGUACCUGCGUACGUUACUGCCGCCAUCGUUCGUUAGCCAUUCCUAGUCACCACUCCAGUAAUCGCCAGUAAUGUUGCUGAAAAUGUUAGAACAUCGUCAUAAAAUCAUUAAGCCUUAUCGGUAGGAGUGCACCAUGUCAUCUUUCAAAGAGCUAUGACUGACUCGGAGAGUGCAGCUAAAAUGACAGAUAAGGAGGUUCAGCGUCGUCGAGUUCCUGACUGGGUGGUAAACCACAUGGAGCGGCUUCAUUCGGGAGCCAACCUAGAGACCAUCUGCGGGUCACCCCCGGAGGCCGGAGGCUUUGAUUUGCCCCACCGUGCCAGCCGCCCACCUGCAGCCAAACUGCUGCCAGUGGUCUCUGUCCUCCGCAGCGAGUCCGCUCCGACGACACCGCAGGGUUCACCUUCCUUGGUUCGGCGGGUCACGGACUUGCGUGCUGAUGCAAACCGCCUCAAGAAGAAUCGCUACGCUGUCUCCAACUUUGACAUCAACGCUGUCAGUCCCACGUCGUGGUGAACAAAAUAAUAAAAGUUACGAUUUGC